AUGGCGACAUCUUUUGUAAAGGCACAAUCACCAAUUCAGUGUCAGUUAUGUGAAACCAAUGUCAUUUUGAAAUGGAAGUGUACCAAAUGCGAGUUGUUUAUGUGUGAAAACUGUAAAAUUACCAAACAUUCGUCUGAGAAACACAGAGUAAUAUCAGUAAAAGAUAUAGGCAAAGACAUAUCAGAUCGUAUAAAAUCUCUCAAUCUUCCGGAGAUUAUUGCCUCAGUUUAUAAUUCAUAUGACACAGAAUUGCAUGGGAUCGGGAAAUUGCUUUGUAAAGAGAACGAUAUCGUUUUCUUCAUGGGGAAUUGUGAACUUGGAAAGCACAAGUUUAUUAAAAGAAAACUUUUAAAAGCGUCAUUGAAAGUGUUAUUGAAUUACAACAUCACAUGCAUGGACUUCACUGUAAAUAACCAGGAAGAAAUUUUAUUUGCGGCACCUCCAGGUAAAGAACUUCUAGCUGUGUCAGCUUCUGGAAGCGCGAAGAGUGUUAUUCAGGCUUCGCCUAUGGUGAUAUUAGCCAUUCAUUUAACCAAGCAUGGAGAUCUUAUAAUUGGCAUGAGAGACCAAGGUCAGAAAUAUCCAAUUACGGAAAGGAGUUCGAGGCAAGUAGCCAUAUUUGACGAAAAGUAUACACGCAAAUCAGUAUUUGAGUUUGACAGUACAGGAAAAAAGCUGUUUAAUUAUGCUGGCAGAAUUGCAACCGAUUCGAACGAUAAUGUAUAUGUUGUAGAUUGGAUGGAUAAUGAUUUAAGAGGACAAAUAGUAGGAAUUAAUAGAAGUGGUCAUAAAACCUUUUCUUACACUGGCCAUCCCUUUUACAAUACAGAUGACGUACCCUUAAUCCCGAUGGAUAUUGCAGUUACGCCGAAUGAUGUCAUUUUAAUAUCAGAUAGGAAUAAUCAUACUUUACACGCGCUUAAUCCUAAAGGAGAAUUGUGUGGAAUACAGUUAACACAGAACAUAGGGAUCAUUCUUCCAUAUAGUCUUUCGGUAGACGGUGAGGGGUUUCUUUUGAUUGGAUGUACUAGUUAUAAUGGGGAAGACGAUAAAGCGAAAAUAUUUGUUGUAAAACUGUUGGUGUAG